AUGGCGUCUGCAGGAUCGAUCCUCAUCACCGGCGCCAAUGGCGGCCUUGGCUGUGCUAUUGUCAAACAGAUCAUCAACUCUCCAGACCUCUCCAAGCUGCAUGGCAUCUACACGGUCCGCAAAGUAGACACUGCAACGGCUCUCAGCUCGACUCUCUCCCACUCAAAGCUAGACCAUAGCCACGACACCCUGGCUCUUGACCUGUCCUCGCUCGCAAACGUGCGACAGUUUGCCGCCGGAAUCAACAAGCGCGUCGCCGAAGGAUCGUUGCCGCCCAUCCGAGCCCUGAUCCCGAAUGCCGGUUUCCAGGAACAUUCCACACAGACUCUCACCGACGAUGGCUUCGAUGUGAGCUUCGAGAGCAACUAUCUGUCUCACUGGCUGCUGGUCCUGCUGCUUCUCCAGAGCAUGGAUAAGGAGCACGGCAGGAUUGUGGUUAUUGGGAGUUUCACCCACGACCCCUAUGAUCCCAGGAUGAAGACGAUGGACUUUUAUCCCGCCGAUAAGUGGAGGACGAUGAUUCACGACACCGAGUCCAUAGCCAGGGGCACAUGGAGCACAGCCAAGGAAGACCCGUCCCAGUUGUCGGGUUUGCGGCGGUAUGGUGCUUCGAAGCUGUGCCAGAUCAUGAUGAUCCCUGAACUCCAGCGUCGCCUCAACAACGACCCUGCUCUCUCCAACAUCUCGGUCCUCGGCGUCGAUCCCGGCGCCAUGCCCAGCGGACUCGUCCGCCGCGGCAACUUCAUGAUGUCGGUCGUGAUCGGAAAAAUCGCCCUGCCGCUCUUGGCUGCCGUCAACAGCGUGGUGUCACCGAAUAGUGAGUUUCGAUCGACUGCAACGUCGGCUCGCGACGUCCUGUGGGCCGCGUUUGACGUUGCGACGAUUGGUGAGCACCCCAGAGGCCAGUACCACUACCAGAGAAAGGAGUUUGAAACCAGCGCCGAGGCAAGGGACCAGGCGAAACAAGCAAUGCUCUGGCGGGACAGCAUUUCAUACACGGGCAUCACUGCUCGGGAGACUUUGCUGGCUGGACUGAAUUAG